AAUCGAAUAACAAUAGGUCCUCCGCUCCGACUAUGUCGGUGCUCGGGCCCUAAUGAAUGUUUGUUUCUUCCUUCCAGAGCAGAGAAGGAGACGUGGAUCAAAGAGAAAUAUGUGGAGAAGAGAUUUGUUCAGAACAGCGUGUCAGAUGGAGCUCAGCUGCGUCUCUAUCGGGCCGCGUCAGCCGGGGACCUGGUGGACAUGGCUACAGCGUUAGCCCACGGAGCAGACGUCAACGGGAGCAUCAGAGAGGAGGAGGGACGAACAGCUCUGAUAGCAGCAGCUGUAGGGGAGUCUCUGUCAGCCUGUGAGUUCCUGCUGCUGAACGGAGCCAACGUCAACCACAGAGACCUCAGAGGACAAGGAGCUCUACACACUGCUGCUACAGCAGGACACACCGGACAGGUGUGUCUGCUGCUGAAGAGAGGAGCCAAUCAGUACGCUGCGGACGAACGAGGACAGGACCCGCUGGCUAUCGCUGUGGAAACUGCCCACGCUGACAUCGUCACACUGUGAGUCAUCAUAUGUGUGUGUAUAUAUGUGUAUAUACAUGUGUAUAUAUGUGUAUACGUGUGUGUGUGUUACGUCCCUUCUCUGUUGUCCAGAAAAGGGACAACACAAGAUUUGGAAGAGGAUGGGACAGGUGUGGUCGUGCCAAACAAUUGAAACAAAGAUAACAGAACUUGGCCUAACUAACUAACCUCUGAAAUCAACAAACAAAAUGGCUUCUCUAACUUAUCUAAAUGUGCUUGACCAAAACCCAAAUACAGAUGAGGCACCGACCAAUAAGCCUAGUGUAUCUAGACACAGA